UCAAAGCUUGCAAAUACAAUCUCCAAUUGUGAACAUGCUCCUUUUUUAUGGGGUUGCUUGAUUGCUGCAAUAUCUUUUCCUGCACUUUCAUGGAGAGAAGAGAUAAUUUCGUUGAAUGAGCUUAGUGAUUGA